AUGGUUUGGUUGAUAACUGAUUGCGCCGGACUGCAUUUCCACUGCAAAUCUUCCUCACACAAGCCUAGAGACAGUAAAGCUGUGUAUCUGUUGCGAUCAUGGCUCAUUCUACCGUCUCUCAGGCUUGUAGGCCCUAAAGCUCCUGGGGAGACCUGUCAUAUUGUGAUUGACCAUGGCGGCAAUCUUCCUUACUGGGAAGGACAAAGCUAUGGUGUUAUUCCUCCUGGAGAAAAUCCAAAGAAACCAGGUGCUCCCCACAAUGUUCGUCUAUAUUCAAUUGCAUCUACCAGAUAUGGAGAUUCCUUUGGGAAAACAGCUAGUUUGUGUGUCAGACGUGCUGUGUACUAUGAUCCUGAGACAGGAAAAGAAGAUCCAUCAAAAAAGGGAGUUUGUAGCAAUUUCCUAUGCGAUUCAAAGCCUGGAGACAAAGUGCAGAUCACCGGUCCUUCUGGUAAGGUAAUGCUUCUGCCUGAAGAUAACCCAAAUGCUACACACAUUAUGAUUGCAACUGGCACUGGUGUGGCUCCCUUCAGAGGGUACCUUCGCCGUAUGUUUAUGGAAGCUGUCCCAACAUUCAAGUUCAAUGGCCUUGCUUGGCUCUUCCUUGGGGUGGCCAACCAGGACAGUCUUCUGUACGAUGAGGAGUCCACCAAAUAUCUCCAGGAUUAUCCAGAUAAUUUCAGGUACGAUCGUGCUCUUAGCCGGGAGCAGAAGAACAAGAGAGGAGGCAAGAUGUAUGUUCAGGACAAAAUUGAGGAAUACAGUGAUGAGAUCUUCAAACUGCUGGAUGAAGGAGCGCACAUCUAUUUCUGUGGGCUGAAGGGAAUGAUGCCUGGAAUUCAGGAUACGUUGAAGCGGGUGGCGGAGGAAAGAGGGGAGAGCUGGGAGACGAAGCUUUCACAACUCAAAAAGAACAAACAGUGGCACGUUGAGGUCUACUGAUAGCAAAAUAACAGCAUUGUUGUUCAGAUAAUUGUUUGUAUGAGUAUUGAUUCAAGAGAGAACUCGCAUGUUUGGUGUUAUUUGCUGGUGAAAAUGGAAGCUGCUUUAGUAGGUAGGUAUUGCAGAAUGAGAUGUAGAUUUUAGUGGGAAGGAUUAGAAUCCAUCUUUUAACGAGGUUUUCUCCUCGCCCUAUGACCCUAGCCAGCAAAGAACCACAAAGAGGUAAACCAGCCUAGGUUACCCAUAGCUGACCGGCUCAAACCCAAGGGUUUGAGGAUCGAACCUCCAACCUCUCGGCUGUAGGCAGAGCACUCUUACCACCUGAGCUGUCCUUACGGACGAAGGAUUAGAAUCCUUGAGACCAUAGAGAGGAUGCUACCAUGUCAUUUUAGUUCAAUGUUUGCAAUGUGUUCUGAUAGGAAUAUGGACUAAUGGACCAUGUUUGUCAAUCCUAUUCCUGAAUAAUGUAAUCCUAUUCCACAGAUUGUUUCUGUGUAACUUCCAAAACCCUGUGGAAUUGGGAGUGGGCACUAUUGCUAAAUCCAGUCUGGGCUUCAUGUGUUUGUCAUGUUCAAUCCAA